AUGACCGCAGCUCUUCUCCUUGGCUCUUCACUUAUUUCCGGGGCAGCGUCAGGUAUUGGGCGUGCUACAGCGACAGCAUUCGCCAAGCACGGCAGCCCUUUGAUUGCAUUGCUUGAUAAGAACGAAGCCCUCUUGAAGACCACUGUAUCUAAUCUUCGCCAAGAGUUCCCUACCACAGAAUUUCUCCCGGUUUCAUAUGACGCUGGCUCUGAGAGUUCGACAGUUAAGGCGAUAGAGAAGGCGACCUCGGCCUUUGGCCAAUUACGCCAUGCUGUGAAUAACGCCGGUUAUCCUGGGCCCCUAGGGCCCUCAACUGAGAUUAGCACGAGCGAAUUCCAGGAACUGUUGGAUGUAAAUUUGACCGGCAUUUGGACUGCCCAGCGAGAACAAAUUAGACACAUGUUGCAACAAAAGCCCGUGAGCCACGAAUUCUCCCAGGACCUUGGAACCAUUGUCAAUGUUUCAUCCAUGUGGGGUUUAGCUGGAACGCGUUCGCCCCCAAUGGCAGCCUAUGGUGCUUCAAAAUAUGGGAUUAUAUCAAUUACUAAGAGUGACGUAAAUGAAUAUGCCAAGCGUGGCAUCCGUAUCAAUGCCGUAUGCCCCGGGUUUAUUGAGACGCCAAUCAUGAAACUCGGAGGGCCCGGGAUAGAUUCGAUCAACGAAUAUGGGCUGAACAGAACCCCAAUGCAAUGA